AUGAUCAGGAACCGCAACCGGGGGGGGGCCAGGAAACUGGGCGCCCGCCGCCCUGCCAGACUCUGGAAGGAAGAAGGAAGAAGGAAGAGACCAAAGCUUCGAGACGUUGAGGGAGCUUGGGCCAAGGUGCGGGUCUCUCCUUCUUCUGGUACCUGA